UUCACCUCUUGCAGCGUUUGAAGCCUGGUGGAACGUUGCAAUGGCGGCUCAGAUGACUGAUGCUCAUCGACGGUUCCUGCAGGUCCUGAUGUCUCGUGGGAUAAUGGAAGGAUCAGAGACUAGGAAGUUACAUCGGCGCUGUUGUGAAAUCCAUAAAGUCUACUACGCACAUGAUAAACUGGAUGAUUUCAUCAGUACUAUUAACAGCCAUCUUCAGCCUUUGUUUAUGCAGAUCCGGAAAGGAAUGUCGGAAGAUGAUGGGAGAGCACAUUAUGCUUUGGUGAAUUUGGCAGAAACGGAAAUAACUAAAAUGGCAUCUGACUAUACAGAAAAUGAAUUAGAAUUGUUCAGAAAAACAAUGGACCUAAUCAUUUUAUCAGAAGGUGGCUUUGCCUCUUCUACAGAUAUUUUAAACUUGGCUGACCACCUCAAGACAAAGAAAAUGAAGAAAAAGGAAGCGGAACAAGUGCUGAAAGUUUUUGUGGAGGAUAAGUGGCUCUCUGAGAGAAAUGGAGAAUAUACUCUGCAUACUCGCUGCAUAAUUGAGAUGGAACAAUACAUUCUCAGUAACUAUCAAGAUGUGGCAAGGAAGUGUAACAUCUGUCACAGCCUUGCCAUCCAGAGGCAAGUAUGUGAAUCCUGUGGAACGGGAAUGCAUUUACCUUGUGUCAGAAAGUACUUUAGAGCUCAGACUGAACGACGCUGUCCGCAGUGUAACGAUUUCUGGUCUUGUGACAUUCCAGGUGUGAGUCAGAUAGGCUCCCAGUCACCAUCAAAAAGGGAGAGCAGAGAAGAGCUUCAU